AUGGAGUCGUCUCCUCCCAGGGCCGCCACGUUAGGCGGCGUCUCGGCGGCAGGCGUAAAGCGUCCUGCUUCGUUGCUGCCCGCUUUCGAGCCUCUGAGCUCGUCGCCGUCUCUUCCUCGACCCCAGAAACGAGUGGCACGCGAUGCAGGAGAUUAUCCCACCCCUGUGCCGACUUCUUCUACUCACAUCUUGUCCUCGUCUCCUCCCCGUCUGCCCCUGGCGCGGUCAAUGCUACAGCGUGGUAUCUUCUCGACGAACUCGGAACGUGCCCCUUUGUCAACGGUUCCGACUUUGAUGCUUCCCAGUUCCGGAGAAUCCCUUCUUAUGGGACGAUCCAGCGCGUCAUGCCACCAUCAGCUCUCUGCCAAUCGGUUGAUUUCACGCGUCCAUGUGAAGGCAGCAUACAAGCCCGCCGGGAACCCCUUCGACCGUGACCGGGUCGAGAUUAUGUGCACGGGUUGGAACGGGAUUAAGUUGCACUGUCAAGGAAAAACUUACGACUUGGCCAAGGGCAAGACAUUUACCUCUGAGAUUCGAGAUGCCGAUAUCAUGAUAGAUGUUCAUGAUGCUCGAGUUUUGGUGCAGUGGCCUCGGAAUGAAAGAAAAGGUUCAGCCUCGGCCGACUCUGAUCUCGCCUGGGACGCAAGUUCUCCUCGGCGGAAUUCUAAGACGCGUCGUGAUGGCCGCGAAAGUCCCGUCAGGGAACAACCUUGCCUCGUGUCGCCUACAUCCCCCUCUCCUAUUGCUCGGUCUCGAAUUCCCCCAUCUUCACCUUUACUCAGCCCCAGUCGUCUACAUAACACCAUAUCUAUUUAUGAGGAUGAACAAUCCCCGACACCUGAAAAUCGAAGGGAACAAAAGAAUCUUGCCGCGUCACAUACAACAGCCUUUGAUGAGAGUCUGAACCGCUCCCGAAGUGAUUCCCUCAGCCGGCUGUCUGAGCCAUACGAGGAUUUCUCUGAUCAUGACGAGGAGAAUGAUCCAAUAGUACACUCCUUUGGUCCUUUCGGUGACAACCUGUUGCCGCGUAUGGCUUCCUUCCGUGCUGGCGAAUCACCAACAAGAUUUGCUCGUCCAUCCCAACCUCAGGUAGAACCUCUACGCCCAGUGAACAUCCCGCUUCAGCCGCUAGCAACUAAAUCACCGAAAAGGGAGACAGACGAGAAGGAGAAGGAAGAAGAAGAAGAAGAAGCAGAAGGAAAAGAAGAGGAGGAGGAGGAGAAAAAGGAAGAAGUAGAAACGAAGGUAAAUGAACAAAGAGCUGCCGCUAUUGCUUUGAUUCAGAACCAUGCUGCCAACCAGCUUGCCUUUUCCCGCCUAUCAUCAACACCGUUUUCAACGAUUCUUCAAAAUUUGCCGGCUUCUCUCUGGAAGUCUGGAGCCAGUGCAAUGGAACGCUUUUCUCGACAUGAAGUGCGAGCUAUUCUUGAGACCACGAAAUGCAUUGGAGAAGUUACGCGAGAAGGCAAAGAUGCUGCUGGGAAGGCGCUGGAAAGCGAGUUUUAUUACAUUCCCGAUUUCGAUGACGAUGAGAUGCGCCGACAGGCUAUUGUCAACGAUUUACGCAAACCUGGUUUGCGGAACUGCAGAAAGCAACACAAACAAUACUACUGGCGAAAACCCAAAUGA